CAGCAAAUUUAUAACGUCUCUGAAACACAAUCUCUCAAACACACACUCUCUCUCACAUUCCCACACUCCCGUUCAGAUCUUUCUCCCUUAAUCUGUAUAGAUUAAAGCAAUCAAUCAAUUUCUAUACAGUCGCUUUGUUGAUUCCAGCCAUGGCGAGGCCCAAUUCCAGAAUCUCCGAUAGCAGCAGGUUCAUGGAGAGCAUCUCCGCCUCAGUGCCGUUCAAGAAUUUGCUCUCGAAAGCAAAGCAGAAGUCGAUCUCAAAUCGCCCCUCGAAAAUCAGAUUGGACGAUGAGAACAUAGCUCCCAUCGAUCCCAACAUUCAAAUUCGUGAUCCUCCUCUUUCUGCCUCGAUCUCUUUGCCCAAAAAAUCGCCUUCCAAGGUUAAAAUUAGUCCUAUAACGGAGGAUCUUACUGCAUCCGUAGUGUCUGAGAAAGUACCAGAAGGUCAAGAUCCACCAGUCAAGGUUGUGGUGAGGAUUGGAACAGAAAAUGGCCUUGGAAUUGGUGAAACCUCGGUCAGCAAAGUUUCAAAGAAUUCUCUAUGUGUUGCUGGCUUAAAUUACACAUUUGAUUCAGUAUUUGAAUCGGAGUCAACACAGGAGGAUGUUUACAAAUCAGUAGGUGUUCCCUUGGUUAAGGAUGCACUUGCUGGUUAUAAUACAACAAUCCUGGCUUAUGGACAGACUGGUAGUGGGAAGACAUACACAAUGUGGGGACCUCCAAGCGCGAUGGUUGGAGGUCCAUCAGUCAAUGGUCCUCAGGGUAUAGUGCCACGCAUUUUCCAGAAGCUUUUCUCAGAAAUUCAAAAGGAGCGAGAGGAUCCUGAUGGCAGAAUAAUAAAUUAUCAGUGCCGGUGUUCCUUUCUUGAGGUGUAUGAUGAGAAAAUCAGUGACCUACUUGAUCCAACACAACGGGGUUUAGAGAUAAAGGAUGAUGCGAAAAAUGGAUUUUACGUAGAGAAUUUGACUGAGGAAUAUGUAUCAUGCUAUGAGGAUGUCACUCAGAUUUUAGUUAAGGGACUAUCAAAUCGAAAAACUGGAACAACAAGAAUCAACUCCAAGAGCUCAAGAUCCCAUAUUAUGUUCACAUGCAUAAUCGAGUCUUGGUGCAAGGAGUCCUCGUCAAAGUGCUUUGGUAUUUCAAAGAUUAGUCGGAUUAGUCUUGUCGAUUUGGCUGGAUUCGAGAGAAACAUACUUGAGAAUGCUAGUAGACAGCAUGUGAAAGAAGGAAAAUAUAUUAAGAAGUCAACAUCACAGAUUGGGCGCUUGGUAAAUAUUCUUGCAGAACGAAGUCAAUCAGGGAAAUCGGAAGAAGUUCCAUACAGAAGUUCCCGUCUGACUCAUUUGUUAAGAGAAUCAUUUGGUGGCAACGCUAAGCUCUCUGUUAUAUGCACCAUUUCUCCAGACAACAAGAGCAGUAGUGAAACACUAAGCACUCUUAGAUUCGGCUUGCGGGCAAAACUGAUGAAGAAUGAACCCGUGGUGAACGAAAUAACAGAGGACGAUGUUAAUGAUCUAAGUGAUCAGAUUCGGCAGCUGAAGGAAGAACUCAUGAGGGCUAAGUCCAGCACAUCCAACUCUCUUAGCAGCAACAACCAUGGAUAUUUCCAAAGGGGAAAUGUGCGCGCUAGCCUGAACCAGCUGAGACUGAGCCUCAAUCGUUCGCUUAUAUUACCACGUGUAGAAAAUGAUUCUGAGGACAAUUUGCACAUUAAUGAGGAUGAAGUUAAGGAAUUAAAGCUUCACAUUGAUAACUUACGUGCCUCUCAUGAAGACAACAUGAAGGAAGAUUAUUCUGAGUAUGGAGAGAAUACGUUAUUGUACUCUGCAGAAGGUUGUGAGACAGAAGUUACUUGUGAACAUUAUCUGAGUUGUUCCGAAGAAAGCGAAAAUGAAGAAAUCAGUACAAGCAAAACUGAAACUGAAGUUUCAAAAGGUUCGAUUGCUGUAGAUAUUCCACCGAGUACAGCCCUUUUAGAACCUACGUUGUCGGAAUCUCCUAAAAUAAAUAAAAUUCAGAGGAAAAGCCUAGUUUUCCUGUCAUCGAACCAGGAGAGUAACAACGGAGGUCCUUGCAAAAACGUGGAAGUGAUUCGGCAAUCACAGCAAUCAGAUGUCCUUAAAUCCUCCUUGAGAUCUAGUAAGAUUUUUGAGGGCCCUACCCAGUCUUUGGAAGCUAGUCUACACAGAGGGCAACAGAUCAUCGAUUACCAUCAGAGGAACUCGGCCCCAGCUAGAUCAUCCGUGUCAUUCUCUUUCGAACACUUGGCUCUCAAACCGUGUCUGAAAGCCGACAAGGCUAAUGCCUCAGUUCAGACGUCGGAUCAAGCAUCUGAUGCCACAUUUAUUUGCGUUAGAUGUCAAGGAAAAGAAGAUAGCAAUGGUACUGACAUGGCCAUCGAAAGAGAGAAGGAUCUCAAAAGUGUUUGUAAGGAACAAGCAGCUCAAAUUGAGCUUCUAAACAGAAAGCUUGAGCAAUGCAAAUGCAUGACUGAUCAAAAGAAUCAACUUCCGCCGAUAAACGAGGAUGAACCCGAGAAAUCCGAAUCUAAGCUCUUUUUAACCUGGAACGUCAAUGAAAACCACGAGCCCCCACCCGAACUCAUAAAAGAGAAAUGUGAAAUCGAAGAUACCCAAAACUUCUCAAUCAGAAGAUCAUCGUCCGACAAACUACGGUUGUCCCUGCUGUCCCAAUCCAUGCAGCUAAGAAAGAGUUUCGUUAACAACAACAGCAAAGAAGAAUUCGAGAAGGAGAGAGAAAAGUGGAUGGAGAUGGAGAGCGAGUGGAUCUCGCUGACCGACGAGCUGAGGAUCGAGAUCGAGUCAAACCGCCGGCGAGCCGAGAAGGCCGAGUCCGAGUUGACUUUGGAGAAAAAGUCAAUGGAGGAGCUUGACGAUGCCCUCGGGAGGUCGGUGUUGGGCCACGCGAGGAUGAUCGAGCAUUAUACAGAGCUGCAGGAAAAGUAUAACGAGCUGGUGGAGAAGCAUCGGGCAGUGAUGGAAGGGGUAGCAGAGGUGAAGAGGGCGGCUUCAAAGGCAGUGGGGAGCAAAGGUGGCAGGCAUGGGGCCCGCUUUGCGAAGGCACUGUCUUCUGAGCUCUCGGCCAUGAGGAUGGAGAGGGAGAGGGAGAGGGAGCUGUUGAGGAAGGAGAAUAGGAGUUUGAAGUUGCAGCUGAAGGAUACUGCAGAGGCGGUGCAUGCUGCAGGAGAGGUUCUUGUUCGAUUGAGGGAAGCGGAGGAGGCUGCCAAGCUGGCUGAGGAGAAAAAUUUGGAGAUUGAAGAAGAGAAUGAGAAAUUGAGGAGGCAGAUGGAGAAACUGAAGAGAAAGCACAAGAUGGAGAUGGUGACCAUGAAGCAAUAUCUAGCUGAGAGCAGGUUGCCAGAGGCUGCCUUGAGAUCCUCACCAUUUUACCGAGAGGAUGAUUCAGGGCAAGCAAAUGGCUCGUCAUUUCCAGACGACGAUGACCAGGCAUGGAGGGCUGAAUUUGGAGCAAUUUAUCAGGAGCAUUAUUAGCUAGAAGAGGAAGCUCUCCACAACUUUUAAGUUUGAGAAAGACCCUACUCGGGUCGGUUGGUGACACAAAUAAUAUUGUUUGUCUUGUGAUUUAUAAGACCGAUUAAUCUGUGUAUUCAUUUCUUGGGAGUUUGUUGUAUGAGUCAAUUCUAUUAUUUUCAGUUUGCUGUCAUUGUUCCUACCUUACUGCAGGCGUCUAUUUCGACAAUUUGCUG